ACAUAGAAGCUCAUGGCUAUGGAUAUACCAACCAGUUCUACGCAAGCCAUAGUGAUAUGGUGUUGGUCUACACUUCAAACGAUUAUUGCUUUAAAGCAACGCGAAAUAUCAAACUGUUUAGUAUAAUUUUAAAAGUAAAGGAAAAUCACAUUGUAUUUCAAAGAUUUUUUUUACUGAGCACCUUUUUCGUUCACGCCAUCCAACAUUCACCAUGUCAAUGGGAUGUCAUAGGCCUUGUACGGCGUUUCUUCUUGUCUUGCUGCUGGCCGCCAUUUAUUUCUGUGGAAUAUCUGCUGACACCACUGAGCCGCCUACGAAUAUAAGGUUGGUGGGAGGGUCAAGGGAGUCUGAAGGACGCGUCGAGGUCUUCAUUAAUGGCAAGUGGGGUACAGUUUGCAACAAUCUUUGGACUCUUCGGGAAGCAAACGUGGCCUGCAGGCAGUUGGGAUACGUCGGUGCUGAUAAGAUCUUCUACGAUAUAAAGAGAAAAUUUACUGUUGGAACUGGAGAGAUAAUGCUUGAUAUGGUAAAGUGCAAUGGUACUGAAGGAUCCUUGCUUGAUUGUCAGAGUACAGCCAUAACUACCGACACACAAUGCGAUCAUUCUGAAGAUAUUGGUGUUGAGUGCACCACAACAAAUUCUGUAAGACUAGCAAACGGUAACUCCUAUCGUGAAGGUAGACUGGAAAUUCUGGACGGAACGGACCAAUGGGGCACUAUCUGUGCCGAAGAUUGGGACAGUGAGGACACUAAAGUUGCCUGCAAACAGCUCGGGCGAACUCCCACUCAACUCGGUGACUUGGAAUCAUUUAUAGCAUCUCCUGGCGCUGGACCAAUCGUGACAGGAGGUUUACUAUGUGAAGGGGAUGAAGACAGACUCGAUAACUGUACACAAGAAGCAGACUGGACGCCAGACCGAUGUCCAUUAAACAUGCAUGCAAUCGGUGUUAUAUGCUAUCCAGAUAUCAUCCUUUUAUCUAGCGGCCUCGUCGUAGUUUCCUACGGGGAAGACAUAGGAACUAUCUGCCCGAGCGACAGCUGGGACCAGAACGCAGCGAGUGUGGCUUGUCGAAAUCUUGGACACAAAGGAGUGAAAGAAUUCAUGAUAGUUGAAAAUUCACCAGACAUUGAAGUUAUCUUGAGUAACCUGAGGUGUUCUGGGCAUGAAACUUUCUACACUGAGUGUGAUUCGGCGGAUUGGGCUUACCAUGGCGACUGUGAACCGGGGACUGGUCGUGCUGGGGUCAUCUGUGAUAUUCAAGAUCCAGAAAUCAAGAUCAUUAACGAUUCUCCGUAUCGUGAAAUCGGCAGGGUGGAGAUCUCAUUCACUUACCCCAGUGACUACAUGUCAAUUUGUUACUCGACAUGGGAUAUCACAAAGGCACAUCUGGUUUGCAGAAUGCUUGGUUACUCUGACGGAGCCGUUCAAAUCUUCCCUGUUGGUGAUGGGACUGAUCACGUGAUAACGGACAUGCAUUGUCCUGAUGAUGGUGGAAACCUUACCAGUUGUACGUUUGAAACAAUGUCAGUUGAGAAUGCUAAUGGUUGUAACAUUGACCAAGUAGCUGGUGUAUCAUGCUCAACCCCUCCUGAUGAUGGUUUAGUACCUUUAGUUGGAGGGCAAUCGACAUCUGAAGGUGUCGUAGAGUACAGGAUAGAAGGUCUACCUGCUCUUAUAUGCGAUCCUGAUUGGAGCGACACCGAGGCUAUGGUUACAUGUCGAAUGCAUGGUUUUGAGUCCGGCAAUGCUACCAAGGUGGUUACCUUAGGGCAUUCAAGAGACAGUUUUCCGUACAGAAUUCAAAACUACAAUUACACAUGUUCAGGAUCAGAGUCCUCCCUUACCAAAUGUCAGAUGGAACCUAUCGAUUCAGUUGAGGAAUGUAAUCCAGAUGAUAUUGUACAGGUCACUUGUGAACCAUAUAAAGACUGGGAUCUACGUUUGGUUGGGAGCUCUGCUUCUCAACAGGGUCGGGUGGAGGUCUACAUCGGAGGAGAAUGGGCAUCUAUCACAUAUACGAGUUCGUAUGGUCUCAGAGAGAAUCUUUGUCAACAGUUAGGGUAUGAGGACGAGAUAGAAAGCAUUGAUGCAAUUAAUCUUGAGGAGCAUCCAUUUGGCGUAGGAUCAGGAAAAGUUUUGAAAUGCGCUAUUCCGUUUCCAGAGGGGUGUGAUGCGUCUCCAACAGAAUGGCCUGAAGAUAAAUCACGCAUCGACUUAAGCUUAGUCUGCCUGCCAUAUAGUACCGUUGAAAACCACCCGGUGCGGCUAGUUUCUGAGACAGGGGAGGCCAACAAUGAAACCGGACGAGUUGAAAUCUUGCACGACGGUGUUUGGGGUGCCGUAUGUGACACUGAGAGUGGUAUAUUCAAAACUGUUCACAGGGUUGUUUGCAGAGAGCUGGGUUAUACUGACUUACAGCAUGCUGGUCUUUUAAGUGGAGCAGCUAAAGAGCCAUUUCUCACUGGAAACGAGAAAAUCUGGCUUGCUAUUGACUCCUGCUACUUUAAUUCUAGACUUUACACAUGUGACCAUGGGCCGUGGGGACAACAUCCUGAUGACUGUACUCCGUCGGUUAUUAAAUGUGUUCCCAUUGAUCCUGUUGAUGAUGACGACGACGAUGAUGAUUCAGCUGGUAACAUGGUUUACGCUUCUGCGACAUGUCAGAUGUGGAUUCUGAUUACUGGAGUUUUAUUGGUCCUUCAUGUCAUCGCUGUUUGAUCUAAACCUCUAAGAAAUGGAGCUAAUGUAAUCGGUUAACGUUGAAAUGAUUAUAUAAUCACAUUUCAGAUUAAGAAAGACAAGUACAAUUCUCAUUCAACCGAAAAAGGGAUGUGGAACUUUAGUUGGGAAAAAUGCCCUAGUAAAGUUAUGAUUAGAAAUGAAAAAAAGGAGAAAGAAAACAAUUGGAGUGAAAAGGUUGAAUUAUGAUACCAUUUUGAUUUGAUUUAAUUUGUUGUUUCACAUUCCACAAAACAUACAUACACCUUGAGCAAAUAAUGAUAGAAAAUUAUAUUACAACUGCUUUUCAAAGAAAAAUAAUAACGUGAAAUAUGAGGGACGUGUUAAAAUUAUAGCUUGUAAAAAUCAUUUUGCAUAAUUUCUCGAUAUAUUAUAAUCUGUGGCGCUAUAUAUACAAAUAAGAACGAUAUUAAGUCGUAAACCAAUUCUUUCACUAAAUCGCUACAUUUUAUUUGAUAUCAAAAGUCUAUACCAUUACUGUAGUUGGGUACAAUUAAAGCUUCUUCUGAGAUUCGAUUUCACUAUCCUACUGAGUGCAAAUGUUUUGUAAUUCUUUUUCAUUACAAGUCAAAGUAAAAUUCGUGCUAUGUGAUAUCUGUUAUAUUCAUGCUUUAUAUACAUUUGCAAUAUUCAAUUGUUAGUAAAAAUGCAUAUAUCAUUAUGAUUUUAUAUUCAAGUACCGUUCAAACCUAUUCACUCUAUUAAAUUUAGAAGUAAUGAUUUUUUUUUCUUUUUUAAACUAAUAUCACAUUUGAAGUUUUCCAAUGAUUAUAUCAUGUUUGAGUUUAUACAUUCAAUUGUUUUUGCAAUUUCUUGAUUCUUUUGUAAUGUUGCUUAUUUGUUGAUCUUACGAAUAUGUUUUAUUCUCUUUUGCCAUUUGCCAAUUCAGGUUGUUACAAGCUGCCAUCAAAUGUUUCAAUAAAUCUUGAAUCUCAUGAUUCCAAUAAUUGUUUUGUCAUUCAGGUAAUUACCAACUCGUACCAUGGCAACCAGAGUGCGUGAGUCUUUGAAGAGCGGUUAAGGGCUCGGCUAAUGAUACUAAAUUUGUUGUUUUGUACGUUAGUUCACAUUUCAAGAGGUUCCUGUUGGCAGGAUAAAAAGAUCGAAUAGUUUCGGCAUUGAGGUGUGUUCUGAGUCUCGUCUAUAUCUUUAUUUCAUAUGAACUUUUUGAAGGACUAUGCAUCGGAGAAAAAAUAAUAUGUCAGGGCUUACUCUCAUAGUAAAAACAUAUUCAAAGAGUAAAACCAAAAUUGCACAACAUACCCCACCCCUCCACCUAGAGAGUGAUGCGAUGCGACUUUCGCAACUGUCUAUUGUAUUCAAGGUUUCCCGAUUUACCACUGGUGUUUAUAUAUGUAUAUUUGUAUAUACAAAAAAGUUCUAUGCACAAUUCAGUGACAUGCAAAAUAAUG